AUGGAUGCCCCGUGUCGGCUGCGACUUACAUUCGGAGAAUCGCCGUUUGACGUCACAAUGGGUAUGGAGAAUGUGCAAGCGUGGAUCAGCAUUUCCUGGCUUCCUGAUGAGACUAUCAGUAUCGAUGAAUGUCCUCAGACUGUAACGCUCCCGCGACGGUACUAUUUCCGCUAUCUUCGUGUUGAAGUAAUAGACACGUCUCCAAAAUAUAAAGUCUCGUUCUCCGAUAUCAGUUGCGAAUGCGUCAGUGCUAUCGGCCAAGAUCAUGCCCUUGAGAUGGUUGAUUUCGGAGACCGACUCCUCGAGGAUAUCCAUCAUGUCAGCAUCUCUACACUCAGCGAUUGCAUGCAAACUGUUUUUGAAGAUGGACCUCGCCGAGAUCGAAGACUUUGGAUCGGCGAUCUUCGUCGUCAAGCCUUAGCCAACUACAGCACACUACGAGAUUUUAAUCUCGUCAAGAGGUGCGUUUUCCAGUUCGCGGCAGUCGUGCACGAAGAUGGCUCGUUGCCCACUUGUAUUUUUGAAAAACCCUCAUUAUCUCAACAUUUUGUUGCAAAUGACCAAGAACAUGAGCGAGUCGGCAUCAGUGCCAAUAUCUCCGAGCGAGCACUGCGGGAGAUACAUCUACUGCCAUUCCAAAUUUCGAUAGCUGACGCCAAUCCUGGAGCCAUCAUGACUUACUACAACAAGGAAUGGGGCUGGAAGGGCUUGAUCAUGAGUGACUGGUUGGGUACAUACUCCACUGCAGAGUCUCUCAACGCUGGUCUCGAUCUGGAAAUGCCUGGGCCUUCGAGGCUGAGAGGGAUUCUGGCCGACCUUGCGAUUUCUAGCCGCCAUGUUUCCCGCUCUACCAUUGAUGAGCGAGUACGUAAUGUUCUUGAGUUCGUUCAGAGGGCUAUUAAAAUCGCGGUGUCGCCGGAGGAGAGCACUCGAGAUCUCCCAGAAGACCGCAAAUUGAACCGCAAACUUGCCGCAGAUAGCGUGGUUCUUCUCAAGAAUGAUUCAGGACUGUUGCCUUUGGGCAAAAAGCCCUUCAAGAGUAUUGCAUUGAUUGGGCCCAAUAUGAAGACCGCGGCCUUUUGUGGUGGAGGCUCUGCGUCUCUCCACCCAUACUACACCGUUUCACCCUACCAAGGAAUCGUCGAUCAGCUGCCGGAGGAAGUCGAAAGAUAUCAGCCGCAGAUGUACGAACUCCGACUGGGGAGCCUGGUCUUCGAAUGCGCUUUUAUCGGGACCCUUUCUCUUUGCCAAAUCGUCCGGUUAUUGAUGGAAGCUGUUCUCUCGGAGUCCUCGUGGCACCUUAUAGGCUUCUCUCACCCCCUGUUAGAGAGGACCUUCUAUGCUGAUAUUGAGAGUGAUUUAGUUGCCCCUGCUACCGGCUCUUUCGAAUUUGGGUUGGCUGUCUACGGCUCAGCUAAUCAUUAUAUCGACGACCAGCUUGUCAUAGAGAAUACCACCGUACAGCGUGGAGGUAACUUCUUCUUUGGCAAAGGGACUCUGGAGGAAAAAGUCACAAUCGAUCUGGUCAAGAAUCAGGUUUACAAACUCAAAGUCGAGUUUAUUAGUGGUGCCUCGUCCAAGCUUGUGAAGCCUGGUGUUGUGAACUUUGGGGGUGGAGCUGGUCGUCUGGGGAUGAUUCAAGUUAUCGACACAGAACUGGCCAUUGAACGCGCUGUUGAAGCCGCUCAGCGUGCUGAUGUUACAAUUCUUUGCGUCGGAUUGACCCGCGAUUUUGAAUCAGAGGGGUUCGAUCGGCCCAAUAUGGACCUUCCAUCAUCCUUGCCUCCUCUCAUCACAGCUGUCGUUGAGGCGGCGCCCGAAGUUAUUCUCGUCACCCAGAGCGGUUCUCCGUUCAAUAUGAUUCCUUGGGCCGAGACUGUGAACACACAUGUACACACCUGGUAUGUCGGAAACGAGCUGGGCAACGGUCUUGCGGAUGUUCUCUUCGGUGCCGUCAAUCCCAGCGGGAAACUACCACUCUCGUUCCAGCGCUGCAUUGAAGAUACGCCAACGUACCUCAACUUUGGCAGUGACAGAGGGCAAGUGACUUAUGACGUGCUUUAUCCGUUCGGCUACGGAUUGUCGUACACAACCUUCGACUAUUCCAACCUCAGCGUCAGCGCCACUUCAGUUACUCUGAAUAUGUCCAACUCGGGGAAGUUGCCUGGAGCCGAGACCGUGCAGCUCUACAUCAGCCCCGACAAGAUGGCGACCAUCGCACGACCGGUGAAGGAGCUCAAAGGCUUUUUCAAGGUUUUUUUUGCAGCCAGGAGAGACCCGUCGCGUCGAGAUUUCACUUGA